GACCAGUUUUCUGGGUGGGGCAGACUCUAAUAAAGCACUUCCUCGUGUCUGCUGUGCGUGGACUAGGAGGAAAACAGUCUGAAAUGGCGGCUGACUGGAAACAGAAGUGUGACUCGGAGUGGCAGCUGGGGGCUCACGGUGUCCCCAUGCCCGACAGCGUGGACUGGAAAUCGGUGUUUGAGAAGAAGCCGUUUGCACGCAACCUACUGCAGAACCCCUCGCCUUACGGUGUAAACCACACCAUCCCACCACCCGAACCCCCUCGAUCGGGAAUGCCACCUCCUCCAAACCAACCACCUCAGUUUGAGCCCGAUGGUAAUUUCUCUGGCUGGAAAAGUAGUACAGAAGUUUUACCAUAUGACACUAGUGGAAUUCCCCCCGGGGUUGUGGUCUGCCAUCUGCCUCAGUACAGGUGGUUCUCUUUAGAGCAGUGUGUGGACCUGAAGGCAGAGGGUCUGUGGGACCAGCUGCUGGAUGACUUUCAGCCUGAGAUCAUCAUUGAGGACUGGUAUGAGGAAAGCCAGCUUCAUAAAUCUAUCUAUCAGCUUGAUGUGAAGCUCUUGGGUGCUGAUGGUAAAACGGUCAUCAAGCAGCACACAUAUAACCCUGAAGAGAACCUGGAGUGCUACUCACACACCUGGAAAAAGGUCUCCCAUGUAUUCUCCAAGUAUGGGUCAGGAGUGAGGUACAUUCACUUCCUCCACAGACUGAAGAACCAGUUCAUGAUUGAGUUCUUCAAUACCAAAGUCACAGACAGCUCCAUUAUUAUCAAGACCAGCAAAGCCAGUAAGAAAUAAUCACAGUCAAAAAAAACCUGGUAGGAGUUUACGCACUCUGAAGACUGUUUUUUUUUUUAAACAAAGCAAUUGUCUCGAAUGUUUUCAUAAAUUAACUGCCCUUUCACAAGAUGGCUUAUAAUGUAAUAAAACAUUCCUCAAUCAA